CACCACCACCACCAUCACUUCGCGGCCAAAACUCGAACCUUCCCCGAACCCCUCCCUCUCUGCGCACGCGCAUCGCAGUCGCGCAAACCUCGCCCGUCAUGUCGAGCAAGUACGCCUUCACCAAGAGCCUCAGGGAGGUGCGCUUCCUGUUCUGCCAGACGUCGGAGCACAGCGCCGCCGUACGGUCGUUCCUCACGCGCGCCUACCCGACCAUGAAGAAGAACAACCCCAACACACCCAUCAUGAUCCGUGAGGCCGCCGGCACCCUGCCCAAGGUCUACGCCCGAUACGAGUUCGGCAACGAGAAGCAGCAGUCCCUCGAGGGCCUGAGUGACAAGCAGAUCGAGGAGACGGUCACGGGGCUGGUCAAGAACGGCAAUGCCGCCGCGUGAAAC